AUCUUGAUGAAAAAUAUAAUGAGAAGUAUUAAUAGAUAUAUUUAAAGUAAUAUUAUAAUUAGAGACAAAUAUAAAUAAGGAAUAAGAAUAGGAUUAUGGAAGUGGUAAUAAAAUAAUUAAAUAAUGUAUAAAAAACAAUAGUGGUUGUGGUUUCUAUAAUAAAGAUGGUAAAAAAUCUGGAAUUUGGAAAGAGUUGCAUCCAAAAUAUUCAGAAAUGUAAGUAUAAAUAUAAAGCAGCGCUAAUUGAUAAUGAAAGG